AAGGCAGGCAGUUACGUGACUUUUUCCCCGAGUUGCCCUUCCCUUCCCUGCCAAUGGACGUCGAGUGGUGGUGGUGCAGUCCUCAAUUGACAAGCUUGAAACACUGAUUCAGAGAAAAAUUGCGGGCAAGAAACUACAUUUUCUGCAUCCAAAUGGGUGCUUCCGCAUCAGUUCCUGAAAAAUCAAUCCAUGAAUUCACAGUCAAGGACUGCAAGGGUCAGGACGCAGACCUCAGCAUUUACAAAGGGAAGGUUCUGCUUGUUGUCAAUGUUGCUUCCAAAUGUGGCUUUACAAAUUCCAACUUUACCCAGUUGACUGAGCUGUACGAGAAAUACAGGGAUAAAGGUUUUGAGAUCUUGGCGUUUCCAUGCAAUCAGUUCUUAAAACAAGAGCCUGGUACAAGCCAGGAGACACAGGAAUUUGCAUGUACAAGAUUUAAGGCUGAAUAUCCCAUCUUCUCAAAGGUACGUGUCAACGGACCAGAUGCCGCCCCCGUCUACAAGUUCCUCAAAGCGAGUAAAGGUGGAUUUUUUGGUCCUAGUAUCAGAUGGAACUUCACCAAGUUUUUAGUUGAUAAGGAGGGUCAAGUCAUCUCUCGUUAUUCCACAAGCACAGCACCAUUAGCAAUUGAGGCAGACAUCCGGAAAGCAUUGGGAGAGGUGUGAAAGACAUGAUCUUCAGCUUAGGGUAUAUUAUAGAUUGAUUCAAUUAAGGGCAAAAUAAAUGUGUGGAAAGAAAGAUGCUAGUGAUCCAUGCAGUAAAUCAAUUUAUGUUUAUUCCUUUGCCCCCCUCCUUUUUUUUUCCUUUUUCUUCUCUUCCUCUUAGAUUUUGACUUUUCAUGGGAUGUUGCAAGUUGUAAUGUUUUGGAAACAUAUUUGAGUCCAUAGAAUAUAUGUUUGGCCAUGAAAAUUUAUUGAUAUCUUUCUUUAAAUCUCCUAAUUGUUGGCAAUGCG